AUGAUCAGCAUCUCCGAUUACCAAGAAGAUCAACAAUCUUCCUCCUUCACUUUCAAUGCGGUUCUUGAUCCAUCAAACCCUCUCGGGUUCUUGGAAUCUGCUUUCAACUUUGUCUCUCAGAAUUCCAAUCUGUUCGAGACAGAGUCUGCCGAGAAACAAAUCAUGUCAUUGGCUCAUUCAAUCAAGGAAAGAAUCGAGGCUGAAGAGGCGGCUGAGAAGAAGAAGCGUUUGAAACAACAAGCCAAGAAGAAGGCCGCUUAUGAGAAAGAACAAGAGAAGCAGAAGAAACUUGUUCCAAACACAGGAAACGGCAUGGAUAUGAAGAAUUAUUCGUGGGGUCAGUCUCUUCAAGAGGUCACCAUCAACGUUCCAAUCCCUCCCGGAACAAAAUCCAGCGCCGUUUUGUGCGACAUAAAGACGAAUUAUUUGAAGAUUGGGCUUAAGGGUCAGCCACCAAUUAUCGACGGGGAAUACUGCACUCUAGCCAUCUCUGUGUAA